CAACAUCGGUUGAUAGCAAUGUGCACCACAUUAUUUAGUGUUCAAGUGGUGUAAAACACUUUUGAGACUGACGAAGCGGUACGGACUUCGUGGACGGCAGCUCUUCAAACAAGCGAAGCCUCGACACUUGUCCGACCGGCAAGAGAACAACAGAGAACAGCACAAUGCAGGACAAGCAGAAGCCGCCGUCGUUCCCGAAUUUGCCCAAGAGCGCAUGUUCGUCGAGUUUAGCAAAAGUGAAUGUGGCUCUGUGGCUGUUAUACUAAUGUAUUUAAUGCGCUCGAUUGCAUUGAUGCUGCUUCUUCGACAGUAUUUUCCAAGCUGGAAGCGUUCCUGCCAGUAAUGGCCGAGGAAAACAAGAAGCUGAGCGAGGCUGUAGCAGCUGGCGAAGGUGCCAAGCACAACAUUGAAGUGGAAGAAGCCGAGGACCCGAGUGACAAUGACGGCGACGAUUCUAUGACUGGUGGCAACGAGGAAAAGAAGCAGAAGAAGGACGGCAAAGCUCCUGUAAUUGAAAUGAAUUUCGCGCUGGGUAUGAUGGACGAGGACGAUAGCGACACGGAAAAGCCGGACGCAGCAGUCGACCCAGAGGCACAGAUCAAGGUGGCAACCGCCACAAAGGUAGUUGAUUCGAGUUCAGGUUCGAAGCAGGAGGAGGAAUCAUCGUUUAAGAUGCGGCUGGAGAAGCCGAGCAACAAGCCACGCCCAGUUAUCCAGGAGCUGAAUUGAUGAGGCAGCAGCGAACCACAUACGGAUGUUAGUUGGAAAUAUUUACUACACGGAGAAGAGGAGCCUUAUGGCUCCGAUAAAAGUGAAUGAUACACACGCUGAAGUACAUGUAAA